UGCUGAGCUACCCUCCUUCCUCCUCCGAACUCUCUCCCUCCCUCCUCAACCACUCCUCGCUUCUACCACUCAUUCUCCCAGCAGUCUACUCCAGAUCAACCGCAAUCAUGGGCUACACUGACUUGGACACCCGCGCGAUCAACUCGAUCCGCAUCCUUGCUGCCGAUGGCACCUUCAACUCCAACUCUGGCCACCCUGGUGCGCCCAUGGGUAUGGCUCCUGUCGCUCACGUCCUCUUCAACAAGUUCAUGAAGUUCAACCCCAAGAACCCUUCAUGGCUCAACCGUGACCGUUUCGUCCUUUCGAACGGCCACGGCUGCAUGCUCCAGUAUGCUCUCCUCCACAUGUUCGGUUACGACCUGUCGAUCGAUGAUCUCAAGAAGUUCCGCACUGUCGACAGCAUCACUCCUGGACACCCCGAGGCCCACGACACCCCUGGCAUUGAGGUUACCACUGGUCCUCUCGGCCAGGGUAUCUGCAAUGCUGUCGGUCUUGCCAUUGCUCAGGCCCACACUGCCGCUACCUUCAACAAGGAUGGCUUCAACCUCAUCGACAACUACACAUACUGCUUCCUCGGCGAUGGCUGCUUGAUGGAGGGUGUAUCCAGUGAGGCCUGCUCUCUCGCGGGCCACCUCCAGCUUGGCAACCUCAUUGCUGUCUGGGACGACAACAAGAUCACUAUUGACGGUGACACUGCUUGCGCCUUCACCGAGGAUGUCGCUAAGCGGUAUGAGGCCUACGGCUGGCAGGUUCUGCACGUCGGCGACGGCGACAAUGACCUCGAGUCGAUCGAGAAGGCUCUCAAGGCUGGUCAGGAGACCAAGGACAAGCCCACCCUGAUUGCCCUCCGCACCACCAUUGGCUACGGCUCUCUCCAGCAGGGCACCCACGGUGUCCACGGCUCUCCUCUCAAGGCCGACGACAUCAAGCAGCUCAAGCAGAAGUGGGGCUUCAACCCCGAGGAGAGCUUCGUCGUUCCCCAGGAGGUCUAUGACCUCUACAGCAAGCACGCCGCCGAGGGUGCCGCCGCUGAGGAGGAGUGGAACAAGCUCUUCGCCAAGUACGGCGAGAAGUACCCCAAGGAGCACGCCGACCUCCAGCGCAGACUCAAGGGCGACCUGCCUGAGGGCUGGGAGAAGAGCCUCCCCACUUACACUCCUGCCGACCCCGCCGUCGCUUCUCGCAAGCUGUCCGAAACUGUUCUCUCCAAGAUCGAGGCCGCUAUUCCUGAGCUGAUUGGUGGAUCUGCUGAUCUGACGGGAUCUAACCUCACUCGCUGGAAGGGUGCCACCGACUUCCAGCCCGAGUCCACUGGCCUUGGUACCUACGCUGGUCGCUACAUCCGCUACGGUGUCCGUGAGCACGCCAUGGGUGCCAUCAUGAACGGUCUUGCUGCGUACGGCACCCUGAUUCCUUACUCGGGUACUUUCCUCAACUUCGUCUCCUACGCUGCCGGAGCCGUCCGUCUUUCGGCUUUGUCCCAGGUCCGCCUCAUCUGGGUCGCCACCCACGACUCUAUUGGUCUUGGCGAGGACGGCCCUACUCACCAGCCUAUCGAGACUCUGGCGCACUUCCGUGCUCUUCCCAACUGCAUGGUCUGGCGUCCGGCCGACGGCAACGAGACCAGUGCCGCCUACUAUGUCGCCCUGACUUCCAAGCACACCCCCAGCAUCAUUGCUCUGUCUCGCCAGAACCUGCCCCAGCUGGAAGGUUCGACCAUCGACAAGGUCAUCAAGGGUGGUUACGUCCUCCAUGAGGUCGAGGGUGCUCAGAUCACCCUUGUCUCCACUGGUUCCGAGGUGUGCAUCUGCGUGGACGCUGCCAAGGAGCUCGCCGAGAAGCACAACAUCAAGGCUCGUAUCGUUUCGAUGCCCUGCUUCGAGGUCUUCGACACUCAGAGCAAGGAGUACAGACUCAGCGUCCUGCCCGACGGCAUCCCCUCGCUGUCGGUUGAGGUCAUGAGCACCAUGGGCUGGGAGCGUUACACCCACGAGCAGUUCGGACUGAACCGCUUCGGUGCCUCUGGUGCCUACAAGGACGUCUACAAGAAGUUCGAGUUCACCCCCGAGGGCAUCUCCAAGCGCGCCAUCGCCACCGUCGACUUCUGGAAGGAUGUCCCCAACGUUCGCUCCCCUAUCAACCGCGCUUUCCAGCAGCUGAUCUAAGGCCAACGAGAAAAGAAGUAAAAUGAAAGUCACAGUAGAGGAACAGAUUUUGAGCGAUAUAUCCUUGGGUCAAGGAACCCUUCUCACGGUUACGGGGCUUGAUAGACACGUAGCUUUCCGAAAUUGAUGUCAUGACUUGCAUUCAUGUAGUGAGGACUGCGAAAAGCCGCUCAUAUGGGUCUUUAUAUUUUACAAUGCCACCACUGGAUAUCCGGGGUAGUGGACCAACCGUACUUCCAGUCCAUACCCGGUAUCCUGGAUGUCUUCAAUGCCUCUACUUGAUUCAGCUGACAUUAAUUACUCAGCAAUU